GUCCCGCCCCCCUCGUCACCCCGAGCCAUGGCGGACGAGGAGCUGGAGGCGCUCCGCAAGCAGCGGCUGACUGAGCUGCAGGCUAAGCAUGGGGUAUCAGAACAAGGGUUGAUAGAAAUACUUGAAAAAGUGAGCCAGCAAACAGAAAAGAAAACAACAGUAAAGUUCAACAGAAGAAAAGUACUGGAUUCUGAUGAAGAGGAUGAUGAUGAUUAAAUGCUCCUAUAAGAUUGCUUAACUGUCUGGAAAAAGGCAAAGAAAACAUACAGUAUAGGCAAAUUGAAAGUUCUGACAAAACAUUUAAAUGUAUUUGCUUUCUGCAUUCUUUUUUUGAUAAAGGUCAAUAAAUAAACAAACUCAUGUUCUGUAAAACAAAAUUUGAGAAGGGUUUUUAUAGCUUAACUUUUUGUAGUAUUAAAGAGGCCUGUGUGGUAUGGAUUUUCCCACCACGUUCUUAGCAUGAACUUUCCUUUGUCCUACUCAGCAUGUAAGCUAUGCUAUCAGCACCUGCCACUCCGUAAGUUGUUGCUACCAUAAGAGAGGUCUUGGGAGGGCAGUAAAUGUGU